AUGAUCAAUUUGGCUUAUCAUCCAAUCGAUCCAUCACCGUCAUCACCAUCCCCAUCCCCUCUAACCGAACAUGACCCACUGGGCUCAUCAGAUUACAUCCAAGUCUACAAUCACCACCAAGCGGACCAGCAAGAGGAUUGCUCGGAUGAGAUCGAUUCGACUACUGACCUCGAUGACCCCUUCCAGAAUGUCUCGACCCCUGACAGUCUAGCCGCUGAUUUCGACUCAGACACUGGCAGCCAUCACCAUCAUCAACAGCAACCAUCCGACAACAACACUCUUCUCUCCCAUCAACGUGCUCAGAUCCUCACCACCACCCUCGACCUCAAGCUCAACCACCAUCUCCAACCAUCAUCCCCUACCAAUCAACCAAACCUUCAUCUCGAUCUAUCCUGUGUCAACUCCGAUGACACCGAUGCUUCGAUCACCAGCCUCUUUUCAUUCCCCGACCCUCUCAAUUCAACCGAUCAAAUCAUCCCCAGCACUCGCUCAGAUCAAUACGAUUCUGAUUGGUUGGAACGAUCACCAAACAGGGCCUCCGAGCUGGCCUCCUCGUCUCCACAUUCAGACCAUCAUACUAGCCUCACAAGCGACCAGCUGGAUUUCAAGUCCUCUCGUUCACCAUCCUUGACCGAUGCCGAUCUACAAACUCAUACGUCGUUCUCAUCACCAACCUCACCGCUAUUCCAUACAGCUGCUGGCUCCGAUCUUUCGCACCGAUUGCACGUCUUUCUUUGCGGCCAUCAGAUCUCCCACUCCCAAUCUAUCGAAAUCUUAUCCAACCUUCGCAUGAACUUCAGCCAGUUCGACUUCUUGGCACCUAACCCUACUUUGGCACCAUCCCAAGGCGCUAUUGACUGGAAAUGGCCAACGAUCUCACUGCUCUCUCCGGGCACGAUCAACGUUCCUUCUUGUCAUCCUCCCCGGAAAUACCGGCUCUGA